AUGAUCUUAGCCACCAUCAUCGCCAACUGUAUCGUAUUGGCUUUGGAGCAGCACCUGCCUGGAGAGGACAAGACUCCCAUGUCCAAGAGACUGGAAAAGACAGAGCCUUACUUCAUUGGGAUGUUCUGCUUUGAAGCUGGGAUUAAGGUUGUGGCGUUGGGAUUUGUUCUCCAUAAAGGCUCCUACUUAAGGAACGGCUGGAACGUCAUGGACUUCAUUGUGGUUCUGAGUGGGAUUCUGGCCACAGCGGGAGCUCACAUGAACAUCCCAGUGGACCUGCGGACCCUGCGGGCCGUACGCGUGCUCAGACCCCUCAAACUGGUCUCUGGAAUCCCCAGCCUGCAGAUAGUCCUGAAGUCCAUCAUGAAAGCCAUGGUGCCGCUGCUCCAGAUCGGCCUGCUGCUCUUCUUCGCCAUUCUCAUGUUUGCCAUCAUCGGCCUGGAGUUCUACAGCGGAAAGCUCCACAACACCUGUCUGCCCAUGCCAAAUAUCCUGGAGAAUGAGACGGUGGACAAGUCUGAGUCAGAGUUCCCGUGUGGGGUGAGGAAGUGCCCUGACAAGUACGCCUGCAGUGAAACCUGGAUCGGCCCCAACGAUGGCAUCACCCAGUUUGAUAACAUCUUGUUUGCUGUGCUCACCGUCUUCCAGUGCAUCACCAUGGAGGGCUGGACCACCGUGCUCUACAAUACCAACGAUGCCUUAGGCCCCACGUGGAACUGCAUGUACUUCAUCCCUCUGAUAAUCAUCGGCUCCUUCUUCGUGCUGAACCUGGUUUUAGGAGUUCUCUCAGGGGAGUUUGCCAAGGAGAGGGAGCGGGUGGAAAACCGCAGGGCGUUCAUGAAGCUACGGAGGCAACAGCAAAUUGAGCGGGAACUCAAUGGCUACCGAGCCUGGAUCGACAGAGCAGAAGAGGUGAUGCUUGCGGAGGAGAAUAAGAAUUUAGGACCUUCUGCUCUUGAUGUGCUGAAGAGGGCCACCAUCAAGAGGAGAGGGGUGGAUGCCGUCCAUCGGGGCCCAGAGGAGGAGCAGUACGGUGACAUCUCUUCUGUGGGCAUCCCGAUGACCAGAGCCAGCAUCAGGAGUGCUAAGAGAGGACCCACAGCUUAUUUCAAGCGGAAGGAGCGUCUGCUGCGUAUCUCUAUCCGCCGCAUGGUGAAGACACACAUCUUCUACUGGACCGUACUGGGCCUGGUGGCCCUCAACACACUCUGUGUUGCCAUCGUCCAUCACAACCAACCCCACUGGCUGUCUGUGUUCCUCUACUAUGCAGAGUUUCUCUUCCUGGGUCUCUUUCUCACUGAGAUGUGUUUAAAGAUGUACAGCCUGGGACCCAGACUCUACUUCCACUCCGCCUUCAACCGCUUCGACUGCGGCGUGAUAGUGGGCAGCAUCUUUGAGGUGAUGUGGGGGUUCUUCAGGCCUGACAUGUCCUUUGGCAUCAGUGUGCUGCGCGCUCUCCGUCUGCUGAGGAUAUUCAAGAUCACCAAGUACUGGGCGUCGCUGAGGAACCUGGUGGUAUCCCUGAUGAAUUCUAUGAAGUCCAUCAUCAGCCUCAUCUUCCUCCUCUUCCUCUUCAUCCUGGUCUUUGCUCUGCUGGGCAUGCAGCUAUUCGGUGGCAGGUUCAUCUUUGAAGACUACACUCCUACAAACUUUGACACAUUUCCUGCUGCCAUCAUGACUGUCUUUCAGAUCCUGACAGGAGAAGACUGGAAUGAGGUGAUGUACAAUGGGAUCCGCUCCCAGGGAGGAGUGAAGUCAGGAAUGUGGUCCUCCAUAUACUUCAUUGUGCUCACACUCUUUGGUAACUACACACUGCUGAAUGUCUUCUUGGCCAUUGCUGUGGACAAUCUGGCUAAUGCCCAGGAACUAACCAAGGACGAAGAGGACGAAGAGGCUGCUUUCAAUCAGAAACAUGCUCUCCAAAAAGCCAAGGAAGUUGGGGCCAUGUCUUCCCUGAUGUCAUCACAGAGGAGGAGACCCUACCUGUACAGGAAAAGAGCGAUACACAGGAGCAGGCCUGCCUACUCUCUGGAGGAGGCUGAGAGCCUCGCCGAGGGGCCCCCCUGCCCGCCAUUGAAUUCCUCUAACUCUUUCAUGUCCAGGGGAGAGAGGAGAAGACGGAUGACCAUGUCUGUGUGGGAGCAGAGAACCAGCCAACUGCGCAGGCACCGGCAGAUGUCCAGCCGAGAGAUCCUCUUCAGCAGCCCCAGUGAGGAGCAGGAAGCGCCCCCUGGAUGCCCCCACAACCUCAAAGCCACAGGCACACCCACAGGCAGCCUGAAGCUGGCUGAACCUGCGGCCUCCACAGCUCAGCCCCCCAAGCCCAUGGACCUAACUCUAGAGGAGCCACCCCUGUCCAUGGGGGUCCAAGAGCCCCCCUUGUCCGUCCCUUUAGCAGAGCCACCCAUACCCAUCGACAGUCCCCUGCCUGACCCCUCCAUGUCCACAGUUGUGUCCAUUCCGGAGCCCACUGACUCUGAGCCGUGCCCAGAGGGCCAGCUUGAUGUCACCGACCACUGCCACCCAGGUCUCAAUGGCCGCAGGAGCCCCAGGUUAAAUGGGGAGAGAAGGCAGAGAGCGGUGCGUAAGUUCCGCCCUCCUGCUGGUGACACCCUGACCUCUGACAUGGCAGGGAUGAGGCUCAGGAGGCCAAGGGGUACAGGGCACCACGAAGCCCAGGUUGGGGCUAGAGGCCUGGACUCACCCCAGGGGGAGGGGAGCAGUCGCUCUGUCAGCAGGGAGAGGAAGACCCCAGAGGAACGACAGGACAAGGAGAGGAGAGCCUGUAACACGGGAGAGACCAGCCAGCCUUCUGAGACCAGGGAAGCUGAACACAGACAGGGUGACCCUAACCAGGCUGGGGGUCCUGAGCUGCUGAACAGGGAGGAGGGUCCACAGUCAGAACGAUUUCAGGCUGCAGUACCGGAGCUCCCAGAGGGCCAGACAGGAGACAGUGAUACUGGUAACAACGCCACCACUCUGAACCAGGAUAAGUCCCCUCUGAGCUCCAGUAUCUACAUAGAGGUGACCAAUGUUCAGUCUUCACUAGAGCUCACCCCCAUCACAGGUAAUAGUAAAGACAUGGAGGCGUCCAAGCCUGAGAAGGAAGAGGAGCAGUUGUCCAGCCCAGCCAAUAUUGUCACGCCUGACAGCAUGUUCAUCUUCAAACCUGGCAACCCGAUCCGCCGGGCCUGUCACUAUGUGGUGAACCUGCGUUACUUUGAGACAUGCAUCCUGCUGGUGAUCGCUGCCAGCAGUAUCGCCCUGGCUGCAGAGGACCCCGUGUCAGCCACCUCUAACUGGAACAAAGUUUUGCGUUACUUUGACUACGUGUUCACAGGUGUCUUUACAUUUGAAAUGAUAAUAAAGAUGAUAGACCAGGGCUUGAUUCUCCAUGACGGCUCCUAUUUCCGGGACCUGUGGAACAUUCUCGACUUUAUCGUGGUGGUCGGAGCUCUGGUAGCCUUCGCCCUCACGAAUGUGUUGGGAAAUAAUAAAGGACGGGACAUCAAAACCAUCAAGUCUCUUCGGGUCCUGCGCGUCCUGAGGCCCCUGAAGACCAUCAAGAGACUACCGAAACUUAAGGCAGUGUUUGACUGUGUGGUGACCUCUCUGAAGAACGUCUUCAACAUCCUCAUCGUCUACAAGCUCUUCAUGUUCAUCUUCGCUGUCAUCGCUGUGCAGCUGUUCAAAGGGAAAUUCUUCUACUGCACAGACGGAUCCAAAGACACAGAGAAGGACUGCCAAGGCUUCUACAUUGACUAUGAGAAGGAUAAGAAGGAAGUGAAGAGGAGGGAUUGGAGGAGACAUGACUUCCACUAUGACAACAUAGUCUGGGCCCUACUCACUCUGUUUACUGUCUCCACUGGGGAGGGCUGGCCACAGGUCCUGCAGCACUCUGUGGACGUGACAGAGGAGGACAGAGGUCCCAGCCGGGGCAACAGGAUGGAGAUGUCCAUAUUCUAUGUCAUCUACUUUGUGGUCUUCCCCUUCUUCUUCGUCAACAUCUUUGUGGCUCUCAUCAUCAUCACCUUCCAGGAGCAGGGAGACAAGAUGAUGGAGGAAUGCAGCUUGGAGAAGAACGAGAGGGCUUGCAUUGACUUUGCCAUAAGUGCCAAACCCCUGACCCGCUACAUGCCUCAGAACAGACAGACGUUCCAGUACCGUCUCUGGCACUUUGUGGUCUCCCCCUCCUUCGAAUACACUGUGCUGGCCAUGAUUGCACUCAACACCAUUGUCCUGAUGAUGAAGUAUUACUCUGCCCCACCAGCAUACGAGGCUGUGCUGAAACACCUGAACACAGCUUUCACUGUGCUCUUCUCUGUGGAGUGUGUCCUCAAGAUCAUGGCCUUUGGCUUUCUGAACUACUUUCGAGACACUUGGAAUAUAUUCGACUUCAUCACAGUUUUGGGAAGCAUCACAGAAAUAGUGCUGUAAACAUACUCUCUCAUCUCCCUGAAGUCAAUUGAGACCUUCAACAUGGGCUUCCUGAAGCUGUUCCGUGCAGCCAGACUGAUCAAGCUGUUGAGGCAGGGUUACACCAUCCGCAUCCUGCUCUGGACCUUUGUCCAGUCCUUUAGGUUUCUCUUUCAGGCUCUCCCCUACGUUUGUCUGCUCAUUGCCAUGCUCUUUUUCAUAUAUGCAAUCAUCGGAAUGCAGGUUUUUGGAAACAUCAGACUGGAUGAGGAGACUCACAUCAACCAACACAACAACUUCAAGACCUUUUUUGGUGCUCUGAUGUUGCUAUUCAGGAGUGCCACGGGGGAGUCGUGGCAGGAGAUCAUGCUGUCAUGUUUAGGGGGGCAGAAGUGUGAGCCAGACCCCUUAGCUCUAACGUCAGACCAUGAGGAGCGCUGUGGAACUGAGUUUGCCUACUUCUACUUCGUCUCCUUCAUCUUCUUCAGCUCAUUUCUAAUGCUGAAUCUGUUUGUGGCUGUAAUCAUGGACAACUUUGAGUACCUCACCCGGGAUUCCUCGAUAUUGGGGCCUCACCACCUGGAUGAAUUUGUUCGUAUCUGGGGUGAAUAUGACCGAGCUGCUUGCGGGCGUAUUCAUUACACUGACAUGUAUGAAAUGCUGACCCUCAUGUCGCCACCUCUAGGCCUCGGCAAGAAAUGUCCAUCCAAAGUGGCUUAUAAGAGGCUGGUGCUGAUGAACAUGCCUGUGGAUGAAGAGAUGUCGGUUCACUUCACCUCCACCCUCAUGGCCCUGAUCCGAACCGCCCUCGAGGUGAAAAUAGCCAGAGGAGGGGAGGACCGAGGUCAGAUGGAUUCAGAUCUACAGAAGGAGAUAAGUGUCAUUUGGUCACACCUUUCACAGAAGACCCUGGACCUGCUCGUCCCCAUCCACAAAGCCAGUCAUAUGACCAUUGGGAAGAUCUAUGCAGCCAUGAUGAUCAUGGACUACUACAAGCAGAGCAAAGCCAAGAAGCUCAGGCAACAGCUGGAGGAGCAGAAACACGCUCCCAUGUUCCAGCGUAUGGACGCUUCCUCUCUGCCUCAAGAGAUCCUCUGCAGUGCCAAAGCCCUCCCUUUCCUGCCCCACAGCCCUGGAUCUGCCCUGACCAGAGGAGGAUUUGUGGCCUUGAGUCCCAUAUCCCCUCAGGAGAUGUUCAUGCAGCCCAUGUCCCAGGACCUAGAGGACAAAGAGGAGGACUACCACAACUAUCACAACCACCACCUGCUCCACCACCAGCUCCACACACUGGUUCCGGAGCGCAAAGAGUUUAACCGCAACCUUUGCCCCACUAACAGGCAGGAUGCCCCACUCAGGGUGCCCGGGCGGGCAGUCUCUAUCCGAGCCUCCUCUAUGCCUCGGCUGGCUGUAGACACACAGGUGGGGACAGACAGCAGCAAAUCGAUGAAGCGCUCCUUCUCCACUAUUGGGGAUCAAUGUGUGAAUGGCCUGUGGCAGGAGGAGUACUCUCUGAAGAGGGUCAGUCCUGACCGUCUGAACAGACCACGACAGAGGAGCAUCAGAGGAAUCAGGUGCAACCUCAGGGAACCAGUGGAUCAUGAGCGGGGGCGCUCCAAAGAGAGGCGCCACCUGCUGUCUCCCGACGUGUCCCGCUGCAACUCUGAGGAGCGGAGCCAGGACCCGUCACAGGAACGCAAGCAGUCCCGUUCCCCCAGCGAGGGACGCACACAUGCCCUCCACAGACAGGGCAACACUUCAGGCAGCCCAGACCUGUCCAGCACACCCCGCGGCCGGCGCCAGCUCCCCCAGACGCCCUUGCGGCCACGCCCUCACAUCUCCUACUCCCCCCUGGUGUGCCGAGCCCACCUCUCCCCCCCUGCUGCCAGUGAGGGCAGAGCCCGGACCCAGGAGGCCCCCGGAGAGAUGGAGGAUCCCUCGUUGAGAGAGGAGGGGGAGAGGCUAGACCCAGAGUCAGGAGCGGGGGUGGGGGUGGUAAUAGGGGUGGGUGGCCCAAGGUUAGGGGUCAGUCACCCGCACCCCUCACCUCACCGGUACAUCUCGGAGCCGUACCUGACCCUGCACGAGGAGUUACACAGCCCAGACUCCUCAGGCCUGGAUGAGACUCUGACCUUCGAGGCGGCCAUUGCAACCAGUCUGGGCAGGGCCAACACCAUCAGCUCUGCCCCCCAGCUCAGACACAACUGGCAGGUCCCCAACGGACACUUCCAUAAACGCCUGGGUCAGGCCAGCUCUGUGGUUGCCUGCGAGCUCUUGAGUGACACCGACGAGGAUGACCGCUGUUAAGGCCGGGACUUGGAGAAGAAGAAGAGGAAGAUGGACAGCAAAACUGGGUAUCAGAAAGACAGGGGUCCUCAGUUUGAAGCACACUGUCAGGUCGUGUACUGAGUGUGCAUCUGUACGUGUGUGUAUCUGCACUCUUAGAAAAAAGGGUUCCAAAAGAGUUCUUCAGCUGGCUCCCG